GGCAAAUGAAACUCUAAAAUGAAGAUCUGUCUGCUUAUUUGUUUGGCCUUGGGCUUGUCUCUUGGCCAACAACAAACAAAUGACAGCAAUGUAACUAGCGCGGACACCGCAGAGAAUAAAAAUCGACGAUUUUCAUUCAACCCAAGUUCAGAUCUAUAUAUUCAACCUCGAAACUGGCCUGGACUGGAACCAGUGGCUUUUACUGCUACAAAUCCCAGACAAGAUCCUGAUGGCCAGAUUGCAUUCACUGAUGUUGUGACGAACUCUGGCUAUGCCUACGACCCGAACAGAGGUGUCUUCACAGCACCAUUACCUGGACUGUACUACUUCAGCUUCAAUGUUUUCAUCAGGGGACGUAGUUUAGGUUUGUUUCGAAAUCAAGAGCCAAUCAUCUCUAGCUCUAUUUUUUGGUUCAAUUCAGCUUUUGGAUCCAACAGCGCAGUGGUGGAGCUGAACCCUGGAGAUGAGGUCUAUCUCAGUUUGUGGCCCGUCUUAAGACAAAUUUACCCAAAUAAUAAGUCCUCAUCAUUCAGUGGAUAUUUGAUUUACUCAUUCUACUGAUUUAGCCAUGCAUAAAAUACAUUAAAGAACAUUUUCUCUGGUAAUUAAAAUGUAAAAUGAACAUACAUAUAUACAAAUGAUUUUUCUACAUUCUGUUAAUUGUAAACAGCAAUACUGAUCUAAAACGACUUAGGCAAGGCAAGUAUUUGUAUAGCACAUUUUGUAAUUGUAAUUCAAACAGCUUAGUAAUGGAAACAGCUCAGUGCCUAUAAUAAUUUGUUUUAAAUUGGACAAUUACUAAAUUUCCUAAAACACAGUUAAGAUCAUUAUAUUUAAGAUUUUUGUAAACACAUCCACACUCAUUUUCACAAUUUGGCCUUUUUUUUUUUAGCUGUGUUACUCCCUGUUUAGAAAUCGUGACAUUACAUAAUUGUUACCUAGCAAAAUUCCCUUAAUGUACCCAUAAAUUAUUAUCUAACAAAUACAAUAUAUGUAAGAAAACACCUUUAUUUUGUUGAAAUCAUGUAAAGGGUCAGAAAAAAUGUUUGUUCAUGUAAAUUGUGCCAAAUGUCAUCUGUGUUUAGAAUUCUCUGUAAUUUUCAACAUAUUUUUCAAAUUUUCUUGACAGAUUCCUUCUUGAUUGGUGUAAAACUAUAAUUUAUAUUUACAAUAGUUAGUAAUCCCACUAAAUUAAGUAAAAAUGAACUUUAACUUGCAAAGAAGCCUCACCUUUUUGUAUUGCUUUUCCAUUGUCGCAGGCAUCAGAUUUUCUGUGUUCUUACUGUUGAAAAUGACAUUGACAUUAUAUAAUUUAUAACCCUAAAUGUAUGACCCAGAGUCCCAUGUCCCAUGCAUGAUGCA